UAACAUGGGCUCCAUAUAAAACCACCGGAGAAUCCGUACGGCAUCACGGGAGCAGCCAUGGCAAGCAAGAAAGCAUCCAAUAAGAGACAGAGAGGAGCACAGAAGUCUUGCUCCAAUGUCUUCUCCAUGUUUGAGCAGUCCCAGAUACAAGAGUUCAAGGAGGCUUUUGGUUGCAUUGACCAGGACAGAGAUGGCGUGAUUAAGAAACAAGACCUGAAGGAGACCUAUGCACAACUGGGAAAGCUCAACGCGAAGGAAGAGGAGCUGGAUGAGAUGUUGAAUGAGGGCAAAGGACCAAUCAACUUCACUGUCUUCUUGUCCCUGUUUGGCGAGAAACUCAACGGGACGGAUCCCGAAGACACCAUCCUUGCUGCCUUUAAGCUAUUUGAUCCCAACGCGACAGGUUUUGUCAACAAGGAAGAAUUUCGACGAUUAUUGCUGAACCAGGCGGAUAAAUUCACACCGGAGGAGGUGGACCAGGCUUUUGCGUUGGCUCCCAUCGAUCCGACGGGGAACAUCGACUACAAGUCCCUCUGCUACAUCAUCACACACGGAGAUGAGAAGGAAGAAUCCUGAACUGGGCUCACUGUUUGGAACUGAUUGAACAAUAUUUGAAAUAGCUGGAAUAAAUGUAACUACGUAUAGUUCAUAACUGUU